GAUUGUAUUGUGGAACAAUACACGAGGAGAACAAAUAUUUCAACUGUACACAAACACUUCAGGCCGAUGUACGCACGCGCGGUUCCUCGAUAGAACGCGUUAUAUUGCUGGACAUGUGACUCAGGACGAGACCGACAUUGCAACUUCACCCUGCUCGGAAGUAAAAAAGCACCGCGUUUCUUUCAGCUUAGGAAGAACAGGUGAUGCCGAUGGAGUGUUCGCAUUUGUGCCAGAUUUUUCAAGGUAAGAUUUCACUCGAGCGAAACGAAAAGUAAAUAUUAUUGUCGACGCAUUGUCAAAUGAAUGAAUAUAAUAUUUCGUGAGCUAAUUCGCUUCGAUUUCUUCACGCUGGUCUUGAUAACAAGUUAAUAGGUUACAAAUGGCAUCCAUGUAGAUAUAAUCUGACAUAUAGCGACCUUUUUUCGAUGUUUCCGUAUUUAUUUGUGAUGUUUUUGCUGAUGGAUUCGAUUCUAGGAAUGAAAAUAUUAAAUUAUGAAUUGGAGAAGUGUUUAUAUUUUUGACGUACAUCUUCGCUAAAUUUGGUUUUCACGCCGUUGAUUAAUUUCGCUGUAAGAACGUGAUGAUUUUGCCUUCAUGCUACCAAGGUUUUGACGUAAGUCGCCAAACUUAUGCCCCAUCAUAAAAAAUCUCGGAGUGAAGUCGGAUAAAAAAACUCACAUUUACAGAAAAUUAUUAAAGCUCAAUUCACUUUUUUCUGCUACUCAUAAAAUUUUGUUCGAUGUGAAAUUUCUUAAAGUUAGGCGUUACAAAAACAGGCAUUACUUAGAUCCAAAAUUUAGGCGUCUGACACGAUGAUCGAUAUUGAAUUCGUGUUGUUUUUUCUUCCUUUUGUGGUCACUCAGUUCAUGUUAUUGUACAUGGAACUUUUGUUGUUCUAAACGGAUUGACGAACAAAAUAAGGUGACAAAUGUAUUAUUUUUAUAAGAAUUUCCUCAGAUACAAAAGCCAAGUGCAGUUUGAUAACUGUAGCAGUUCACCAUAGAAUUAUAUAUUGGGUUGACUGAGGUAACUCUGACAGGGCCGCCUAUUUUUAUAAACUUCUGAAAAACGGUGUUUCUAGAAAAUUUCAAACAUAACUUUUUUUUUUAUGGUUUUUGCCCAUCCUUACCCCACAAGGGUUGGUGGGAAGAGGGGAGACCUGGGAAUGAAUUGGGAUAUCUACCCCCUUGAGAGGAGAUAGGCAAAAGGUUGAGGCUGUGGUGCAAUACAUUUGAACAAAAUUCUCAUUUUCUUUGUUAAACGACUUACUAAAUUGUUAUAGAUCCAAUGGUUGUUUAUGAAAUGCUGACUUCAUUCAUCUUUUUGUUUCUUAGAUGUGCUUUGUAAUCCAGCCUUGACAAGGUUGUGAACUUUUGCUGUAAAGUAAUGGAGUCAUCUGCCCAAGAGUCAUCACAACGUGACACUCCUCGUGAGCUGGACUUAUUUGGAGAAGAAGCAUUAGAAGAGAUUCUUGACUCCUAUGACAGUCUACGGGCACAGAUUGAGCAACUUCAGUUGCACUGUGAAAAGCUAGUAACAGACAAAGCUACAGUUGAUCAGUUGUUGAUUGAUAAAGAGAAAGAAAAUCAACUCAUCAAAGAAAAACUACAAGAAGAAAUAAACAACCUUAGAAAAUUAAAUAUACAAUUGUUAUCAUCUCAGAACACAACUGAAAAAGGUAAGAGAAACAUUUUUUUUCAGGAAGAUUUUAAGCUUCAUCAAUUUAUCAAAUGAGUACCUUUGAUUGGUAUGAAGUUUUAACAGUGCAGAAUUGCAAAAAAAAUUUAGAACUUUUCUGAUCAAAGUAUACUAAAUAAAUCUCAGUUAUUUAAAAAGGUUCACUAGGAUGCAAGAGUCAAAUAGCCAGGAAAGCAUCAACUUGAGUGUUAUAUUUAAUUUAAUGACAUUUACAGGAUUCUUAUUUCACUGAAAAUUUCUUUGUCACAGAUUUGAGUCAUUCAUCAGGCUUGGUGAAGGAAAUCUUUGAUUCCGAUCAAGUGCAUAAAAAAAAAUUGGAAGCAGAUGCCAAGGUAUGUUGAAGCUGUCAUGAAGAAAGUAUAUUCAAAGUGAUUCAUUAACAAGCAUUAUGGAUGAGUAAGUGAGUCACUGACUAAUUGACCCAAAUCACCAACCAGCUGGAUUAAUGGCUGACUCAGUUACUCUGGCAAAGGGCUAAUGCUUGGUAUGUUAACUUCAGAGACUCCUUAUGGUGGCCACUUGGCAUUAUCAAUUCAGUUGAAUGAUUCUGAGUGAUGGAAUGACUGACUGGCUGACUAACUGAACAACUGGCUGACUUAUGUGCUGAUAUGCUGGGAGUUGGAGUUACAAACUAACUGACAGACUCACAGACAAAUAACCAAACAGAUUGACUAACAGUCUGACUGAUGUACUGACCAAGCCACAGAUGAAUUGACUGAUUAAGUUGCAGAGUAAUGGACCAGACUGACUGGCUGACAGACAAACUGACUGAAAGACUAAUUGGGGGAUGGACAGUCAGACCAAUAUACUGAUUUGUUUUUCUCUUUUAUUUUGGUUUUCAUCGACAGGUGGAUGCACUCCAAUUAAAGUUAUUAGAGAAGGACAAACACAUUUCAAACUUGGAAUGGCAGCUAGUUGAUUCUGAUGCUACAAUAGCAUCACUGCAGGCAGAGAGGGAUCGUCUAGCAUUGGAGCUUGACUGUACUUUAGCAAGAGAACAAGAAUCAGACCUUCAGGCUCUUGGUGCUGUUGGAGACAUAUCUGGGUACACUGAUCCUUUAGAUAAUUCAGAUUAUGGUUUAGUCGAGUCUGGAUUUGUGGAUGAUAUGCCUAUACGACGUGUUAGGAAGCAGCCUCGGCGGCACCUGAGUGAUUUGACCACACGUGGUACCUCUCACUUUGAUGACUUUGGUGCAAUUGUUGCUGGACAUGUUAGCCUUUCAGAUUACGAUGUUCCUACAUUAACAGAUAAAGAAUCAUAUGGUCUUGGUGGUCUACGGAGAGCAACAAACUUCAGCAACAUUAAUAACAUAGAUGCAUGUGAGAAUUUUCACAGUGUGACACCACAGUCUUCCUCAAGCAAUGUUCAUCUGCAGGAUUGGGAAAGUUUUGAUGAGUCUGAUGCAAAGCAGUCAUCAUCAUUGAACAGAAACAAAUGGGACAGACUUUCUGAUGUGUAUGACCAGACAGACAGGGGUGGUAGUGAUCUUAAAAGUGAAAAAGAAGACAUGUGGACCUUCACUCCUGAUAGUAUUAUCAAUGUAUCGACUGGUAGGUCCAGAUAUUGGUCUUAUCAGUACUUAACUCCACAAGUUAAAAUUUUACUCUUGCCUGUAGAACAGGCUGUAAUUUUUUUUGUCUUUUCAGGCCUUUUCUAUUAAAAGAGGCUAAGUUUCUAAAGAAACUUUGGUGCUGCAUUGGUGGGAGAAUAUAACAAGAUAAUUUUGUAACUUCAACUGAGUUGAUAAUGUAAAUUGGCCACUGCAAGGAAUUUCAACGCUGAUGUUUCAAGCAUUAGCCCUCCAUCAGAGCCUGCAGCAAAUUGCAAGCUCUAACAUACCCCUUUUUUUUAAUUUUGCCAUCACAACAAGAUAUUAUUGAUGAAUCCUGCCUAACUCUAGGUUUGGUUUUGUUUUUUUGAGACACAGGAGAAAGAUACUACCAAUUUGAAGAUAUUUGGUUCUCUUGCUUGAUAUUUACAACAAAUCAGAAGCACAACUGUGGUGUUUUGUUGCAGGUGAGGAAUUGUCACCUUUACCAGGGGAGUCAAACUUUUUUCGGAGGUUCUCCAAGGACAGUAAUAUACCGUCUAAUGACAACACACCACACAAGGGAACAAAAAACAUUCAGAGGGCAGAGUCUCUGCCUUCUGACAGAAGGAGAGUGGACAUCAACUCUGGAACGCAUCAAAAGACAGCUAGUCAACCCAUAGGCAAAACUGAUUCAUUUAUUCUUCAAACUAAUUAUAACACGCAAACAUCCAACAAUAACAAAAAUGUAUCUAGCAAAAAGCUGGAGGAAUACCACAAGUGGAAGGUGUCUGGUUGUAAGGGAGAUCCCCCUGCAAAGCUCAAAAUAUCACAGUGA